ACUGAAUUUGUAAGAAUUUGAGCUGAAACUUGCAAGUUUUUGUUAUUCUGAUUUUAACUUCGAGUUCGAGUUGAACCAAGUGGUGGAGAGUGUUUUUGAGACUGUUUGUUCAGCUUUAAUCCGAGUUAUGGAUGAAGGAAGAGGUAAUAGAAUGAUUAUCGGGAUGUCAGAUGUGGUUCUUGGCUGUGUAAUGCCCUAUAUUCACGACCCGAGAGAUCGUGACGCAGUCUCGCAGGUUUGCCGCAGAUGGUACGAGCUCGAUGCGCUCACUCGGAAGCAUGUCACCAUCGCUCUUUGCUACACCACGACGCCGGAGCGGCUACGGCGGCGUUUCAUACAUCUGGAAUCUCUGGAAUUGAAAGGGAAGCCCAGGGCGGCGAUGUUUAAUCUAAUACCGGAGGAUUGGGGAGGCUACGUUACCCCGUGGGUGAGGGAAAUUGCGGACUCUUUUAAUUGCUUGAAGUCUCUCCACUUCCGGCGAAUGAUUGUCGUAGAUUCGGAUCUGGAGCUUCUUGCUCGUGCUCGGGGCCGUGUUCUUCAGUCGCUUAAACUCGAUAAAUGCUCUGGGUUCUCCACCGAUGGCCUAUUCCAUAUUGGACGCUCCUGCAGGAGUUUAAAAACGUUGUUUUUGGAGGAGAGCACAAUUACCGAGAAAGAUGGGGAAUGGCUACAUGAACUUGCCACGAACAACACAGUCCUUGAGACGUUAAAUUUUUACAUGACAGAUCUUAUCAAAGUCAAAUUCGAAGAUCUUGAGCUUAUAGCCAGAAACUGCCGUUCCUUAAUUUCUGUGAAAAUUAAUGAUUGUGAAAUCCUGCAUCUCGUGGGCUUCUUUCGCGCUGCUGGUUCUCUGGAAGAGUUCUGCGGUGGUUCCUUCAAUGAUCAACCAGAGAAGUACGCCGCUGUAUCCUUGCCCCAGAAUCUCCGCCAUUUGGGUCUUACAUACAUGGGAAGGAAUGAAAUGCCAAUAGUCUACCCUUUUGCAAACCUACUCAAGAAGUUGGAUCUCUUGUAUGCAUUGCUUCAUACCGAGGAUCAUUGUAUUUUAAUUCAAAGAUGCCCCAACUUAGAAGUCCUUGAGACCAGAAACGUCAUCGGAGAUAGAGGAUUAGAAGUACUUGCUCAGCACUGCAAGAAACUGAAAAGGCUUAGAAUUGAGCGAGGUGCUGACGACCAAGGACCGGAGGAUGAAGAGGGUCUUGUUUCACAAAGAGGAUUGAUUGCUUUGGCUCAGGGGUGUCUGGAACUGGAAUACUUAGCUGUGUAUGUAUCGGAUAUCACAAACUACUCUCUCGAAUGCAUCGGCACUUACUCGAAGAAUCUCUGCGAUUUUCGCCUUGUCCUGCUGGACCGAGAACUGACGAUACCAGAUUUGCCACUUGACAAUGGAGUUCAAGCGCUAUUGAGGGGGUGUUCUGCAAAGCUGAGAAGGUUUGCUCUGUAUCUUCGGCCUGGUGGGUUGACGGACGUUGGUCUUGGUUACAUAGGGAGGUACAGCCCAAAUGUAAGAUGGAUGCUUCUUGGUUAUGUUGGGGAGUCUGAUGCUGGGCUGAUGGAAUUCUCUCUCGGCUGCCCCAGCCUUCAGAAACUUGAGAUGAGGGGCUGCUGCUUCAGUGAGAAAGCUUUGGCAGCCUCCGUUUUGCAACUGACUUCUCUUAGGUACCUCUGGGUUCAAGGCUACAGAGGAUCCUCAACAGGCCGUGAUCUUCUUGAAAUGGCGCGUCCCUUCUGGAACAUCGAGCUGAUCCCAUCGAGACGAGUCACCGUGAUCGAUCAAGUCGGGGAGAGGGUGGUAGCUGAGCACCCUGCACAUAUACUCGCAUACUACUCCCUAGCAGGACCAAGAACCGACUUUCCAGACACCGUCGUACCGUUGGAUCCGCCCUUGAUUGCUGCGUAGAGCAUGGCUGUACAUAGAACAACAACAUCAACAACAAACAACGGUAUCUCCUCCUCCUUGUCCUCCCCAUUUUGCCACGUUCUUGUUAAUAGAAUUCAACAUCACAUUGCGGUUAGGGAAUGUGUUUCCAAUGUCAUUAGACAAGACAGACAAACAGACAGAUGGUUUUAGUGUUGUAAUAAUGUUGUGUUUUCUUGUUGUGGAACCAUGAUGGAAGGCAGUUUGAUUGUUUACUUUUAUGCAAAACUUUAUUUUUGUUCUAUUUGUUUCUUUUUCCCAUUUUGAAGAAGAAGCCUUUUGUAUUUGUAAUACUUUGUUUUUGCUGAGUCGUUGCUUCUGGUGGGGGUUGGAGGAUGGUUUGUAUCGGUUGUGAAUAAAUUAAAGAGGUUUUACACUGCUGUUGAAA